CACACAAGAAGUUGCGUGGUCUGCAGAGAUUGAAAGUUGCACCGUCCAUCUUCCACAAGCAGCCACCCAAGGCGAAACCAUAAUUUCUAGCAACCAUCAGUGACAGUCCGCAGAAUCCACAGACCCUAGAGCAAGAGCGCUCAGCACGGCAAGCCGGCAACGACCAUGGCGGCGGCUGCUCUCUCCCUCUUCCUCCUCUUCCAGCUCCUCCUCCUCCCCGCGCGCCACGCUCUCGCCACGACGACCGCCGGCGACGCGCACCCGGGCUACGCGGGCGCGGAGGCCGAAACCUGCGGGCCGGAGCCCGGAAACGGCGGCCCCAUGGGCCGGCGGCGUCACGGCCCGGCGCUGGAGGAGUACGGCGGCGGGCGCAUCGUGGACAUCACGCACCCUUACCGGGCCGACCUGCCGGCGUUUGCCACGGGCGCGACGAUCGGCCCGCUGGUGCGGCUCAAGGACUCCAUGCUGAACGGGUCCGAGUACAACUUGUCGGAGCUCCGGAUGGAGUGCCACCUGGGCACCCACGUCGACGCGCCGGGCCACAUGAACCAGGCCCACUUCGCCGCCGGCCUCGACGUCGACACGCUGGACCUCGCCACCCUCAACGGUCCUGCGUUGCUGGUUGAUGUUCAGAGACACACGAAUAUAACAGCUGAAGCAAUGGAAUCCCUUAAUAUACCGAAAGGCGUUCGCCGCGUUCUCUUCAGGACAUUGAACACAGACAAGGGGCUCAUGUGGAAGGCAGGAGGUGAUAUGAGUUUUGUUGGAUUUACAAAGGAUGGUGCGGAUUGGUUAGUUGACAACACCGACAUCAAGCUUGUCGGGCUUGAUUAUCUAUCCGUUGCGUCAUUUGAGCACUCAGUCCCUGCCCAUGUGGUCUUUUUCAAAAAUGCGGAUAUCAUCCUAGUGGAGGCUCUGAAACUAGACAACAUCAAGGCUGGAUUAUACAUGCUGCACUGCUUACCUCUAAGACUGGUUGGAUCUGAGGGUUCACCAGUCAGGUGCAUCCUUAUCAAGUGAUCACUUCCCUGAUGCUCUUUCCGAAGCCUGCGGAUGCAUGGUGCCCACUGAUGCUAUAUCCUGGCUAAUGUCCUGAUCCAGUCCAUAUCAGUAACAAUAAAAUGCCGUGUGUCAUCAUGUAUAUAUAUACUUAUACUAUCACCCAGAUAUUUUCAAUCGGCGACCAAAAUGUAGCUAGAAUUAUUACAGAUAAGUCACUGGUGCAAGGCAAACUUACAGUAGUCAUGGCACUCUGCUCGGUCUGCUGUUACCCUUGUAAUCCCACACUGAACCACAUGACUACAUGAGUCAGAAAUUUUCAAGUAGCUUUUGCUUUCACCUUGAAAGUUUCAAGCUAUUUAUGCAAUAUUUCAACUCUCCUGUUAUGAAGCCGGCUAGUACUAUUCUCAGUACUGCUACUUUGAACUCUUUGUAAUGCUCUGCUGUCAUGUAAUAUAAAAUGGGUUGCAUGCUC